AUGCUUCUUUACGCACUUAUCUCAAACAUGCUCAUUUUAGCCGGAAUUGCUCGUAGUGCAACUAUGAGAUCAGCAACAAGUUACUGGUUUAUCAUAUCAAUCGCAAUAUGUGACAUUCUUAUGACAAUAAUCUCAUUGGGCCAUUUGGUUCCUGCCACUGCUUUCCAUGAGCAAUAUGUACAAUUCAAGUCAGUCCGCAACAUUAUUAUGAUUUUCUUCUACGACUUGUUUUGGUAUACUGGUGUCGUGCAGUUGGGUUUGAUGGCGGGGAAUAGAUUUGUUUCUAUUGUGUACCCUAUGGAGUACAAGCACAUUUUCUCCCGGACUAGGUCGAUAUAUCUUAUUCUUUUCGGAUAUUUCCUUGGCUUCCUGGUGUCAUUACCCACUUUAUUUGAUUGCUGUCAUACUUUAUGGGAUUCCAAUUAUUAUAUCACAGUCUAUGAAAAACCAGAGACGUUAUACAAAUAUGUUGAUAUGGCUGUCAAUAGUAUUUCCUUGUGUAUGAUGAUAAUAUCUUAUGCAGUUAUUAUUUACAAAGUGAGAGAAAGUGGACGAGCGAUGGCAAAAUACCAACUAACGAUACGAACAAGGCAACAAAACGCUCUAGUAAACGGUGUAUCAUUGUCAUGUCAAAUGAGUGAAUGUGGAAGGACAUCUUCCGUCAGACCUCCCCGAAGUCAAGUCAGCAAAAAAGAGAUGAGGCUUUUCAUCCAGUUCUUCGUUGUCUCACUAGUAUUCUUAUUAACAUGGACGACUUGGCAGUGGCUACCAUACAUGUCGGAAUCAAAAUGGGCCUAUUUUGUCAUGACGUCCUUAUUUUUCAUAAACAAUUCGGUUAACCCAACGGUUUACAUCAUUUUCAAUACACAACUACGACGGGAGCUUCAUUAUUUGAUAUGCCGACAUCAUGUGAUCUCUACUGCUCAAAACAAACGGAAACAAACUUUAUUCGGACGUGGGAUUGCGGCUGCCAACAAAAAUGAAGUGGACUUCCAAAACAAUACUCGAGAUGAUGCCACAAAAUCAUUAGUGGACCAGGCAGCCAGUUCACAAUCAUCUCAAUCUCAUGCAACAAUCGACGAACAUGUAAGGCACCAGCUUCUUAUCAAGGUCAGAUUUUAA